AUGGAAGACCACGUACAGGUGUCUACCGCUGGGGUUGUCUGCGGUCUCGCGAGCUCUGUGCUGCUCUCAGGUGCGCUGUUGACAGCUGAAAAGGUGGUGCGACUGUCCCACUCCUUUGCGGUGCUCAAUUUACUGUUUGCGCUGAGCCACGCUGUAUUCUCAUUGUUUGUUGCUUUGUGUGUUUUUCAGACGCAUGUGCUCCUUAUUUACCGGAGCUGCCAAGAGCUCUUCCCCUCCCUUCUGUCUCUUGCGGCUCUGCAGGGGCUUCGGUGCGUUGUAUUCGGUGUCUUUUUGUGGUGGCAUGGGGCUGUACCAGUUGUGUACCUCGCGACAUGUUCCACGGCACUGUAUGUGUCCGAGAGCUCUGCAUCGCCUCGUUGCUCGUUGGCCCUUGUGGCUGCUAUGCUGGCCAUGGCGUUUUGGCGUAACAGAGUGCUAGUCGAUAACACGACUUAG